UUUAUUACUCUAUGAUCUAACCCUACAAACCUACAUAUCAAACUGAUGUCACGUCGUACCUAAAAAAUGCCAAUACGUUACAUCCACCGGCAGUUCUUGGAAGCGACGCCCAAGAAGCCAGAGGAAGUCAGAUUGAUCUGGAACUUCGUUCACAUCCUGCUCCUCUCCCUCACCGCCUUCAGUGGAUGGGUGGCAGCCUAUUCCUUCGGUCUCUACCUCGGGAAUUUCAAAUUCCAGUGCAUCCUCUUCGCCAAGCUGAUGGUGGUCACAGAACAUAGUGUCAAAAAGCACAACCUGACCAUAUUUUCCAACGCAUCGCUAUGGGAUGCUGUAUUGCCGAGGAGUGCAGGGCAUGAAAUCGAUAUAAAGAGGUCCAGAUGGGGCGAACCCAGACUUUGCGAUUUCGUGCAGUUUCUACACGUCGCAUCUAUGCUUAGCUCUUUGAUCUGGAUCGUAUUUUUUUCGAUUUCUGGCAGGGGUAGUACCGUGCUGCAGAGGCAGAUUAUUGGUAAACCUCACAGGUUGGUCUUUCCAUUUCUAACCUGGAGCAUAGUGUCCGCCCUAGCGAUUUUCGUCACCAACUCAACCUUAACAGGUGGACUCAUCAACUUCUGCAGCAUCAUCGAACACUCCAACGGCAACAAGGAGGUUGAGAUAUGUUUCGGCACCUUCAUAGAGUCCUACAGGAUAUUUUUCGGAAGCCAACAGGGUUCCAAAUUGUUCGGCCUCUUUCUUAUAACGAAAUUUGCCGGAUAUAUAGGGUUCAUAGUCUGGAUCUGCAACGCUUUCUGGUCCUGUCUUCGAGUCUACUUAAUCAUCGAUUUUAAAUUCUACAUGGUGACUGUUUGGAAAUAUGCACCUGAUCGUGAUGAUCGUGAAGAUAGUAGGUUUAGACGCAAGAAGAGUGUUACUUUUUACGAAAAAGAGAAGGAAUAAAGAUAUCUCUAUAUGAUGUGGCUAUUUGACUGCAUUGAGCCCUAGACGUCUAUCAUCAUUAUUCUUUUUUAUUGGACAUUUUAAUGGUGAUUGGAAGUAAAAUACGACAUAGUAGCCUUAACCUUUAUCAUAUAAUAUAUGUCCUGUAUAUAUCAAUAUGAAUAAAUUUUCACUUCAC